AGCUGUGGCGCGUGGGCUCAUCGCCAGAGCCCGGCGGGCGAUCGGGCUUUGACGAGAGCUCGCGUUGCAGUCCGACUCCUGCGAGGAUCGCGCAUCCGGGCCAUGGCUGAGAGCGACGCGGGCGCUGUGUUCGACUUCCGCGGCAUGCGCGGGCAGGUUUCGACUUUCGACCUGCUCGCCUUCGACCUGCUCGCCUUCGACGGCUUCGUCGUCGCCCUGCUCGCCUUCGACGUGCUCGACGCCUUGACCUUCGCCCUGCUUGACGGAUUCGCCAUCGACCUGUUCGCCUUCGACCUGCUCGCGGCCCACGGCGCCGGCGGCCGGCGUCGUCGCGGUCCGCCGCGGCGCCGGCCAGCGCGACGGCUACGCUCGCUCGCUCGGCAGCGCCUCGCGCUAUCCGCGCUAACCAUCGCGCGGCAGGCGUUGGAGGUAGCGCAGGUGCAGGUACAGGUGCAGGCCCUCCCCUCCGCGUGGACUGCAGGACUGAAGACCGCCGAGCUCGUCGAGAGCACCCUUGACAGGAGGCGCGCGAGGAUGCCGAGCAGGCGCUGCGCAGUGCACUCGACGCGCGCGGCGUGGAGGCGCGGGGUGGGCCGAUGUUCGACGUCUUGGACGACGGCAUCUACGAUUGGAUCAGAUGCGACAUGGCGGGCGGCGGUCGGGCCCGCGUCGGUUCGACCGCCGACGUAGCCUGGCGCUGGAGGGGCGGAUGCCGCUAGCGCGGCGAAGCGAAUGCCGUCGAGAGUCCGCCGCGCACCCGUCGUGGAUGGCUGGCCACGCCCACUCAUGUCAGGAGGAGAAAUAGCACGCAGGCACAACUAGUCGUCGAUCCCCCA